AUGGAGGACAUUACAAUCUGCAUCGCCACACCAGACGAGAUUCCCGAGCUUGUCGGCUCUAUCACCAAAGCCCGAGCCGAGAUGUUCCCUUUCCUCGACCAAGCAUCUAGCAACCGAAUGGCUCAAAAGGAACACGAAAACUUUCGAAAGAACCACUUGGAUCAUCCAUUAGGAGCUUUUCUGACAGCUCGAUUCGAAGGACGCCUAGUUGCCACUAUUGGAUACGUUCCCUACGAUGGACGCUUUCCUUUUCUCAAUCUUGAACCAGAUAAUGUAGUCGAGGUUGUCAGGCUGUACGUCAACCCAGAAUGGCGCCGCGCAGGAAUAGCUUCCAAGCUGUUUGCUCAACUGGUGGACAAAGCCCAACAUGCUGGAGUCAAGCAACUCUAUCUGCACACUCAUCCUUUUCUACCAAACGCCAUUGGAUUUUGGGAACAGAAUGGGUUUUCAAUCAUGAGUGUGGAUAAGGAUCCAGUAUGGCAAACGACACAUAUGAGUCGCCUUCUCAAAGAGUGA